AUGCCAUGUUUAAAUAGUUUGUUAAAGUCGAAAUUGUGGUUGCUUAAAAAUUCCAUGCUGGAAGACUGACAGAGAAACCGGCAAUCCGGUGCGUAUCGACUCAUCGGUUUCGGAAAUGUAUAAAAAUUAUACGCCCUAUACGUGAACCUGGUUCGACAGAAAUGACCGAUUUAAAAACACGAUUGACUACUUACUCAAAUAAACAUUUCGUUUUAAUAGAAAUUUUACUUUUUCUUUUCGGUGUUGUACUUGACAAUGCACAAGCCGACCUGGACCAUCAAAAAGUCCAUACAGUUACUCCUGAGUUUUUGGUAAUACUGAGCGGCCGUGUCGAAUACACUGACCAUUGUACCGUUGUGGAGGCCUGUAAAUUCGCCAUCGAUCGCGAUGAAUGAACACUCGUCUAUGGCCUGUUCGAUUUCCGGCAGCAACCGGUAGAAAUCUACGAACGAAAACGCGUAAACCAAUUACGGACGACUGACGUUGUGCACGGUGACGGCGACAAUAAAUUACUCACUCUCGUUGACCACUUCCAUAUUCAGGCAAACAAUCAACCCGAACUUACCCGGGGUCUUAAUACAAAAAAAAAAAAAAAUACGCAAUUAUAAUCACAGCCCGCCGAUUACGCAGCUGAAAACGGUUCAAACGUUAAUGCAAUCUGCUACACCGCGUGUACGGGAAAACGUGUCUGAACGAGCGACGAGCGACGAACGCUGAAUCGAAUGCGAUCAAAACAACAAUAACAUAAUUUCGGGAGGACAGCGCGGCCGAAUAUUACCAGCAGAAUAUUACGGUAAACGUUACGCAAGCGUAUACGGUGGCAUUUACAAUAUUCGCCUACAAACACGGAACACGGUAAAAAAAGAAAAAAAAACUAACAACAACAACAAACAAAAGCAACAAACGAAAUAUUAUUAUUAUUAUUAUUAUUACCGGUUUCUCACACGGAUCUGCCCAGAGGAAAAUUUGUAUUCCGUAUUACAUUCCGGAGGAACGCAGAAGACUACGGUCGUUCGUCGGCCCCGUAUCUACACAGAUAACAAACAGUACAUUGCCAACUUUAUUUUUCGUCGUUCUCCAGGCGAACGUCCGCCUAGAUUUCCGAUCCUCUAGACCCGUGUCGGUGUCGUUUAGACCUGUGGAAUAAUCCAAUCUAGGUGACGGUUCGCGCGCACGCAGUUUACCCGCGGGAAUUCAAUCGACGGGACUAACUAACUGACCCAAAUUAUGGGUCAAAGGCCUAGUCUAGACACCGGGGAACUAGAAGCCAAUCGGGAUCUAAAUGGACGACGAUCUGGGUGGACUGUGACCCGUACCACUUUUCCACUUGCCGAGAAUUCGGUCAUAAAACGACGGAAACAAGACAUUCGACAAAUAACUACUAGAUAAAAAAAAAUUGCCCGCUAUCAUAUAGAUAACCGUGAACAAACCCGACGAGACGCCGAGAAAUAAAAAUCUUUUCGGUCAAUCGCUUAUCACCGUUCUGAUAGGACCGUUAUAUUAUCGGGAUCUUACUGAGAAGUUAUCCAUCCUGUUUUCGAUAACGUGUGUUGCCUGUGGCAACCGCCAAACAGUGAAAUUACAAAACAAAUACCCAAAUUCAUCGAAGAGUAAAUAGUAAAAGUACUUGGAAAGAAAUUUUGAAUCUAACGGUUCCCGACAAGUAAAACCAAACCAAACCAGUCUCCGGACUAACCGGCAGCGAGAUGGAAGCAAUGGGAAAGACAGACGAAGAGUUAUUCAAAGGUAUUCCACAAAUUUUAUGCCAAUUUAACAACAUUAAAUAGUGUAAAGGUUGUGAGUUAAGAGGCUAAAUUAAAUUUAUAAUUCCUGUGUUUAAUGGGUCUGAUGGUAUUUAAUAUAUUAUACAGUGUAAAUAUUGUGUUACAAUAAUUGUGCGUUUGUUGAGUCCCGAAUACUCGAAUACCAAAUCAUUUAAUCGAACUGCUAUUAAAUCACAAACACAGAUUUUUCUUUAGUCAAAUAGUAGAUUCUUAGUUUGUUUUUUUUUUUUUUAAUAUUAUCAUAUAAAAAUUUAGUGAGUAUUAAAUCAAAUCAAAAGUGCUCUCAUUUUUAAACAUAAAAUUAAAAUGGAGAAUAUUUGUAUUAAUUAAUAACACUCAUAUUAAAUGUAUUGUUUAUGAGUUAUAACAGUUUAAAAUUUAGUCCCGUGGAAUAGGUAAGGGCGAUAAACUGCGUGUCCGUUUUUAGAUGAUAAAUUUAUAAAACUUGAGUAGUAAAUAAGUAUUAUGAAGUUAACUCUAUACCUACUACAUUAUAAAUACCCAGCAAGCAUAACAGUAAAUUCAAUAAAAUAAACAUUAAUUAAUGAAUACCUUGAAUUUAAUUUCAUCUAAAUUGUUAAUACUCGUAAUUAUUAUUUUUUCAGCUGUUAAACAGUCUCUAAUAGAUAAUUCUUUAUGGAAUAAUUUAAUUUCGAAUGUGGAAACUGAAAUUAUAAAACUGUUUGAAGAAAAAGGAACAAUAAGUACAUCAAAUAUAAAGCCUCAACAACCCGAGAUGAUUGAAUUAAUUAACAAACUUAUAUUUGAGUAUAUGGAUUGGAUGGGAUAUAAAUUGACAAACUCUGUGUUCAUGAAAGGUUGCUACGUUAUUAUUUGUUGAUUAAUCGUUUAUUAGUUUUUAGUAAAUAAAUAUAGAAAUAAAAACUAAUUAAUUAAUUAAUUAAAUAACGUGUUGCCCGGAGUAUUGUGAUGAGUGUAUUAUACGACCGGUUUUUAAUUGAAAAUUCAUCAUCGGGUAUAUCGCAGACAAAAUGUAAAACGUGACUAAAUAUAAAAAAAAUAAAAUGAAAGAAUAAUACAUUGAAAAAAAUUUUGUAUAAAUUGGUCAUUUUACACAGAAAUAAUUUAUUUUAAUAAGAGAGAUUAUUUAGAAUUGGUUAUUAUUAGACUAAAAUUCUGAACGAUAAUACAAAAAAUGUAAAAAUAAUAUCUUAUGUCAAUGUAUUUUAGAUAAUAAAUAAUAUAAUAACCAAAUACAUAAUUUUUUUUCAUUUCUUAGCAUAUCUGCGUUUAAUAACAACCCAUUUUAAAUAAUCUCUUAUUAAAAUAAAUUAUUUCUGUGUGAAAUGACCAAUUUGUAUAAUUUUUGUCCAUGUAUUCCUUCAUUUCAUUUUUCAUAUUCAUUAUUGCAUUUUUACAUUUUGACUGUGAUCUACCUGAUGAUGAAUUUUUAAUUCGAAACCAAUCGUAUAAUACACUUAUCGUAAUACUUCAGGCGGCUCAUUCAUUCGUUUAGUUUUUUUUAUUUAUAUUUUUAUUUACAAAUAUUAACCAUUUCAAUAAUUUUGUUUUUACUAUAUUAUUUUAUAUGUACAUAAUUGAUUAUCUACUUGGCUUUUAAAAGAAUCGGGAACCGAAAUUAAGGUGAAAACCAAUAGAAAAUACAUGGCUUCACAAUUAGAUCUUGAAGACAAUGAUAAAACAUUACGUCUGUAAGUAUUAAUUAUACAUACCUGCCAUAUUAAAUAUUGCCAUAUUGCCAAAUUUUGCAUAUUUAAUAUGCCAAUAUUAUCAUAUUAAUGGUAUUUGUUUUCAGACCUCUCUUGACAGUUUUACUGACAAUGUUUAAAAAUAAAGAUGGAGACAAAGAAGCUUUAGACGAUUGAUGUGUGUACUUCCUUCAAUUAUAUCCUUAAAAUUUUUACUUAAUGUACAUAAUUUAAAUUUAUUUUUAUUUUGUUAAUCAUUCAAUUCAUUUACUGAUUAAUCACUAAGAGAUCAUGAGUGAUAUUCUGAACUAUUAUUAACAGAAAAAUGCCCUCUAUUUAAAGUUGCUAAAUGUAAUUAAAAAUGACUACUCUAUUGUCAAAUUUUUCCUGAGAACAAAAAUUAUUGCACGGUAUUAUAUUUUGUCUGUUUUAUAUACAUAUUUAUCUUUUUCCUACUACUUUUAAACACUUCUAGCAGCUUCCUCAUGAUUAAAUGAGUUCAAACUCGGGAAUCUAUUUCAUAGACAAAUUGAGGUGAUAAAUAUUGGAUUAGAUUUCAACGUGAAAUUCACUAAUUAUUUCUGAAAAAG